CUAAUAUGGCGGGGAUGAGCCUGCUCACCUCGGCAGCGGCUGCUGUAAGGCGCCUGCCUUUCACUAACCGCGGCUUGUUUGCUGGGUGCGUUCUCAGGAAGAGUCUUCCGCAGCCGGGGAGCGUGCCUGUGCGAUUUGGUAGCCAUGGGAAAAGACUGUUUGUAAUGCAGCCUUCUCAUUUCUAUGACAGGAGAUUUCUGCGUUUGCUGAAAUUCUAUAUUUUGUUAACUGCAGUACCUGCAGCUGCAUUUAUAACAUUUGUCAACAUUUUCAUUGGUGAAGCAGAGCUAGCAGAAAUUCCAGAGGGUUAUGUGCCAGAGCAUUGGGAAUAUUACAAGCACCCAAUCACUCGGUGGCUUUGCCGCAACUUGUUUGACUCCCCUGAAAAAGAAUAUGAAAAAAUGAUGGCUUUGGUCAACAUUGAAGCAGAAAAAGCUGACUUCCGACUGAAAAAACUGGAAGCUCGGCGUCUUAUGAGGGAGAGAGGAGAUGGCCCAUGGUACCAUUAUGAGACAUUAGAUAAAAACUUGAUUGAUUAUGGACACAAGGCAACACCUGAUGAAUAAGUGAUGUCCUAAAUAUUAUAUUCACUAUAAGUUAUACAUGUGCGCUUGGGUUCUGUUUCAAAUAAAAUAAAGUUUAUUAAACAAAAA